CGCCCACCCUCCCGCUUGCUCGGGACCUCCUUGUUUCUCCCCUGGCUCUCUCUGCACCUUCGCUUUUGUUCCCACAAGCAAGAAGGGGGAAAACAUGGCGUCAGUCGUGAGAAGAAGCGGGGCGGGCGAGAGCAGUCGCAGGUCGUACCCAGCCAACCUCGAGAGGCGGCUAAGAAGAGCGACGCUAGCUGAGCCGACCUGGCUCGCUUUCCCGCCUCUCUAGCAGAAGCUCGGCCUCCUCCUCCUCCUCGUUCUCCUCCGGGCGCGUUCGCCUCACGCCGCUCCACCACCACACAAAGCAGCUCGGGAGGGGGAAAGUGCCACCGGCGUUUGGCUCUGGCGCAGCCCUGGCGUGUUGGGCAUUUCCUCUCUAGUCGCGCGGCAUAUUUUUGUGUGUGCAUGCGCGCAUGUAUUCGUCUGUGUAAUUAUGCUUUCGUUAGAAGGGGGAAGGGAAGCCUUUGUUUGUUGUUGCUCCUGCAGUUGCCAAGUGAGGAGAGGCGAACUGAGCUGCUCUUUUUUAGUCGGAUGGUAGCUACUGUGUAUUUUUAGGCUACUGGCAGUUUUUGACCAUUUAUUAUGUGCCUGAAGGCCCUAAGCAGCCUGCGAGUCGUUGCUACAAGUCUGACAUAUAAAGACAGAAAAAUGAAAUUCAGUCAAAAUUUGAGUAAAUAAUUAUGGGCCCAGAUGUGCCUCUAUUGAAUGACCAUAAGCAAGAAUUCCUGUUAAAGCGAUUUCCACAGACCAUUUUGGGUGGCCCUCAAUUUAAGUUUGGAUACUGUGCACCUUCUUACAUAUAUUUGAAUCAGAUUCUUCUCUUCUUGAUACCAUGGAUUCUAGGUGGAAUUGGAACACUUAUGUAUCAGUUAAAUGUUCUGCAAGACUAUUGUACAGCUGCACUUUCUGGAGGACUAAUGCUUGUUGCAGCUAUUAUUGUUCAAGGAAUAAACUUGUAUGCCAGGCAAAAUACUGCACCUGUAGAAAGAAUGCAUGUCCACAAUAUACUAAUAGAGGAAGAUGAGUGGGAGUUUUCUAGCUGUAUAGGUUUAGAGACAAUCAAAUUUAUUAUUCCAGGCAAAAAAUAUAUAAUUAAUGUGUUUUUUCACUCACUUGUUGCUGGAGUACUGUGUGGCUUAGGAACUUGGUAUUUGCUGCCAAGCAGAAUUGCCUCCUUGUACGGAGAUAAUAUUGGAACAACUGUGGUGAUCUUCAUAUUUGGAUGGUUGACGGUGUGUAUUGGAGAAUACUCCUUAAUUGUUAACACCGCUUCAGAGACUGCUACUUACCAAGCACUGGACACUUAUGAAAUUGUUCCUCUUAUGAGACCAUUCUACAUUUUUGUCUUCAUAGCAGUGGAUCUUGCUCACAGAUUUGUUGCUGAUGCUCUAGCUUUAAAGUUGAUCAAUCAGAUUAUGCACAUCAUAUUUUUGUCAUUGCCUGUCUUAUGGACUUUGGGGAUUCUGCCUCCAUUGGAUGCACUUUUUCUCUGGGGAAUGGAACAAGUGUUGGAACUUGGGCUAGGGGGCUCACCUAUGUCAAGUAAUGUAAGGCUGCUAGCAAUGUUUAUCACUUCUUUGGGAACAGCUGUUGCAUCUUACUUCAUCCCUAACACCCUUGGUGUAGUUCUGUUCAUGACUGGAUGUGGAUUCAUACUAAGUCUUAAUCUAAAUGAGAUUGGAUUAACCUUCAAGUAUACUAUGAUCAGCUGUUUAGCUUCCAGCAAAUUUAAAAACACAUCUUCCUGUAGAACGCAGUUUGUAUGGAGGGAAUUAAUAUUCUAUUUCAUUGUAUUGACUUUUGUUCUUCUGGAAGCUGGCUUAUUGCACUCCUUCCUUGGUUUUCGGCCAUUUUCCAAGACUAGCCUCCAAGGUGUUAUUAGUUACAUAUUAAUAAUAUUGCUUCUUGUUCUAUGGAUUCUCAGAGAGAUUCAAACUGUGUAUUUGUUUGGAUUGUUCCGAAAUCCCUUUUAUCCAAAAGACCUAAUGACAAUGAAUGUAUCCGGAAAGAAGGAAAAGAACCUCAAGAAAUUUGGUAUGUUAAGAAAGAUUUUACUCACUUUAGUGUCACCAUUUGCUAUGAUAGCAUUUCUUUCCCUUGACAAUUCCCUACAUCAUCUUUCAUCCAUAUAUAUUUCCAUUGGAUUUUCAAGAAGCUUUAGAAUGGUGUGGCAAAAUACAGAGCAUGCUCUCUUGGAUAUGGUGGUAGUGUCUGCAGUGCAGUUGCUGGUGUUCACGACUGAUCUGUGGUGGAACAAAAGCAUUGAUAUAGGAAUUAAACUCUUGCUGGUUGGAAUUAUUCGGAGUCGGCUGUUUCAAUUUGUUUCAAAAUUGCAGUUUGCCAUUACUGUUCUCUCGACAUCGUGGACAGAAAAAAAACAACGCCGGAAAUCCACAGCUACUCUGAUUACACUGAACAUUGCUUUCUUUCCAAUUGUAUUGGCCAUCAUAAUGCUGUCUUCAUUGCUUUCUUCCCCCUUGCUAUCACUUUUUAGUCUCCCAAUAUUUUUGAUAGGCUUUCCAAGACCAGUCCGAAGCUGGCCAGGACCUGUGGGCAUGAUGGCCUGUAUAGGUCCUGAUGCUGUUUAUUAUCAACAGAUGAUUCCAAGUUUAAGGACUGCAUUGCAAUCAGCAUUCUCAACAGGCAGGUUAGGUAUCUGUUCACCUGGAUCCCACUACUUGUGCCGAUUUCAAGACAGAUUAAUAUGGAUCCUUGUUUUAGAAAGAGGCUACACUUACUGUUGUCUUAAUAUCAAGGGUUUAGAAUUGCAGGAAACCUCCUGUCAUACUGCUGAAGCUCACAGAGUUGAUGAUAUUUUUGCGAUGGCCUUUGAACAUCAGGAACAUAAUAAGAUGUUCUCCCUCAACCCUCAUUUUGGAAAUAUUUUAACACCUUGUGCUGCUCUUCCUGUAAAACUCUACUCAGAUGCCAGAAAUACCUUAUCUGGAAUAAUUGAUUCCCCUGAAAAUCGGAAGCAGUUGAAAGAAGACUUCAUAAAAGUACUCUUAUGGAUGCUAGUUCAGUACUGCUAUAAGAAGUCAAAAACACCUAGAACCCUUGAAAAGAUGUCUAAACCUCAACAGGAGUACUCUUCAGCAGGACCAUCUGAAGUUUUUAAGGCAAUAGAAAGACCAGUUUCAUGGAAAGAGGAAGAUGGACUCAGUGUGGAAUCUACAGAAGAGUGGACUGAUGAUAGCAAUCUCUUUGAUGAUGAACCUAGCAAAAAAACAUUAAAAACAAAUGUCACAGUACCACAAAGUGGUUCACCAAGACCUUUCUAUUCUCUUCCAGGCUCAGUAGAAAUACAUACUACAGAUGAUGAAGUACUUGAAGUAGCCAGUGUGAAUAAACUGUAUAAAACAGUUGUUCUCGGUCUUCCUGUUGUAGAUGCUGGAAAACAGUGGGGAAAUAUGGAUUCAUCCCCUAUUAAAUUCAGUAACUUCUAUUCUGAGUUAUUAAGCAUUCCUGAAGAAUGGAGAACUGCACCAUUAUCAGCUGCCAAAUUCCAUCAGAUGAAGCAGAAGUUUCCAAUAGAAUGGUAUCAUUUUUUACUUCGCCAGCUAGACCUAUUUCAUUUGAAAGAAAACCCUUCGAAUUUACUCGAAGAUCUUUUUAAAGACACUGCUUUGAAGGAUUUGUAUGUCCAGAGUGCCUUAUCCUGUUACAUUGCAAUGUUUGGAUUAGAGGAUACUGUUGUAUCUCCUGGUCAUAUUUUCAGAGCCUACAAUGGAAGCCUUCCGUGGUCAGUCUGUGUAGACUGGUUAAUAGGAAAUCAAGAGUUAUAUCAAUUAACACUAAAAACAUUCAGGGACACAACCAUUCAGUUUACAGUUUCUCACUCCUAGUAUUCUUGGAAGUUCCCUAUCCACAUGCUAAUCAGGAUCAUUCUCAUCCCUGGUAAGUAUCUAAGUCUAGACAAGGCCAACUAGAUCCUGCCUGCUGAAGAAACUACAUAUGAUCCAGGAGAGAGGUGUUUUUGGAUCAUGGUCUAUGAGUUUGCUGUCCUUGUUAGUCUAUCAGAGGCCAAAGGGGUAAAGAUGAGAAGAUAAUCCCCAAAUGUUUCCAUGUAUAGCAUUUCUAUGUUAAUAAACACUCCCAGUUAAGAUUUUGAUUUGGAAGGAUGUACUGUAUAAGUAAUACAGAAACCUUUUGAAAUGGACGGACUGGUAUUUCAGGUAUAUUUACUUUGUAAAAGCCUUACAGGUAGAAUAGAAAGGGGCAUUCUGAAAAUGGUAUUGCUCGUUAAGUCAAAAAACGUAAACUGUCAAAGGCUUCCAAAACUUUAGAACAGGAGAGAGAGCAGUGUCAUACGCUACAAAAAGUUAGUAUUGGUGAAUUUUUAAAAUAACUAUUCUAAGGGAUCAGUUUCUAUAAUGCUAUAGCAGAAGAGCUAUUGCUUUGUAAUGAAAUCUCACUAAUGUGUUCCUGAAAUUCUCAGUGACAAAGUUUUCUUAUACAGGUAAUCCCCGAGCUAUGAGCAUUCACUUAAUGCUCGUUCAAAAUUACGCCCCCUAGUGUUUACGAGCAAGUCCUGAAAUUGCGAAUAUUGCAGCACCACGGCAAUCGUUCGCUCUUAUGAGUGACCGCAGUGGCUCUGCAACAUUCACCCUGGUUAUUCCCUCCCUCCCCACCCCUGCCCGGGUUUCCCUAGGCACCAGGCCUUCAAUACUCACCCUGCGAAGAUCGAGAUCCUUCGCUUUCUUGGCUGCUCCAGGCCUUCGGCACUUUCGCAGAGAAUGGAGGCCUAAAGUUAAUGCAAGAUCAGUUGGGUGAGAUCUCACACUACUGAUCUCGCGUAAUCUCAUGGUACUUUAGGUCUCUGUUCUCUGCAACACAGAAUGGAACCGAAGCCAGGGGACGCUUCCACGUGCCUCCGGAGGCUGGAUUGGGGCAUUGGAGGCCUUUUCCAGGCUGCUGCCACCCAGAUCUAAAGCUGGGGAAUGCUUCCACACCCCCCUCACGGUCCGAUCUGGGCUCCAGAGGCUUUUUCCAGGCUACUGCUGCCUGGAUCUGAGCCCGGGGAACGCUUACAUAGCCCUCCAGUGGCCUAUUUUUGGGUGGCAGUGGCCUGAAAAAGGCCUCUGGAACCCGGAUCAGGCCGCGGGGGGUGCGGAAACUUCUCCUGGCCUCGGACCGGGGCAGCAGCAGGAACCGCGGCAGAGAGGAUCUUUUCCAGGUGAGCCCGGCGCAGCAGGAAGGGAGGGGGAAGCAUGAUGUAUCUUAUUGUGUUGGGGAGGCCUUGGGGACCUGUUCCAUAACUAGGCCCUACAUGGCCUUCCCCACCCUGAAAUACCUCAUGUUCACUUAACAAGUCGUGUGCAUUUUAACAAGCAAGGGAGUGAUCUUGUUUGAGGUAAGAGAUUCACUCUGCGAGUUUUACACUCGUAACUCAAGGACUGUAUUGUGGCAAGAAAAUAAAAGUGUUGCAUAAGAGUCAGUAGUUCCUUAUGCACACCCACAGCUAGGAGGCAGAUUGUUAUGUAUGUACACUCAGUGCAAUAUACAAACAUCAGCAGAUACAUAAUGUGAAUUGUCUCAAGUUUGCCCAGUGAAAUUCAAUAAAAGUUUAUAAAAUAUCACUUUUAAAUUGCGCACAAGAAUCACUUGGCAAUGGACUACUCAUCUACUCCACAGGCUAUUGCUGUCCAGACCAUUUGGUUUGAAAUAAUGGUAGGUGUAUUAACUUUGUUCCAGUAUUCAAGGAGGGAGGAAUUUUUGAUAUGUCUUCUCAGUGUGAAAUUGUUAGAAAGUUAUGCAGGUUCAAAGCAAUUUUAAAUUUUGCUUUGAUGUGUUUAGAUUAGCAAAUAAAAUGCCAUGCCCAGCCAGAUGAGUAUGUGCUGCCUGAUAAAUGCUUAAUGAAAAAGAGAGCUAAGAUAACAUAUUGGAAGGAAAUUAAUAACGAUCUGAUUCAUAUAUUGCCCUAGGUUAUGGCAGUCAGCUACGCUAUAAUUAGUGAACUUCCAUAUCCUGCUAAUCCAUAUGUUAUAAUGUACAAACCUCUAUACCUUCAGUUUGCUAAAGGCAACUCAACAAAUUUGAUUGUCACUUAGUCUGCUUUCUAGAACCAGCGAUUGAAAUUACUGGCCAAACAAAGACAAAAAUUUAUCAUCAUAAGACUAAAAAUAGGAGAUUUUCAUAGGAGAUUAUGAUCUUAAUAUUGAGAAAUUGGAUUUGAAUUAACAGUAGUAGGUUGGAGGCUGUAUGACUGCCUUCAUAAUGCUUGCAAUAUAUGGCCCCAAACAUAUAUGAUAGAGAUGUUAUCUGUCAAAUUGAUAAGUUGUCUAUCAAGUUGAUAACUAAACCUACUACUAUAGAUCUGCCAUCCACUUAUAUAUCAUUAUAGAGGCUAUUGUCCAGAUAUAUUUCUAGAAUUAUUCUGCUUUUUUUUUCAUUAUAUAUUUUGAUGUGUUGUGUGUUUAUCAGAUAUACAGUGAAGCUUAUGGUUGAUAAAGCAAGCCUGGGUCCAGUUGAAGAUUUUAAAGAGCUGUUAAACUAUCUUGAAGAAUAUGAAAAUGACUGGUACAUUGGUUUGGUGUCUGAAAAGGAAUGGCCACAAGCU